AUGAUUACUCCUAGCAGCGUAUCGUCACGGCUGGCUCACAAACGCAAACGUCAAGAUACCCCGACCGAGCCGCUGCCUCUGCCCACGGCACCCACUCAUGUACUAUGGACGAGACAGUUUGGUCGUGUAAGCGCCGCCGCUCUCGAUCAAAUCAGCGCCCACAGGUUUGCGAAUCAGUUCGCAAACCCGAUUCGCGAACGAGACGCACCUGGCUACAAGACGCUUAUUCUGCAGCCGCAGGAUAUCAAGUCCAUCCGCGCAGCCAUCACUCAUGGUAAUCGAGCAGCUACUGAGGCCGCCAAGGCUCUACCUGACGGAGAUCCAGGCACUGGCUCUGUUCUGUUGCCAAUCAGCGACGAUUUGGUGCCGCCAAAGAGCAUCAUCAACAGCGCCCAACUUGAGCGAGAACUAGUUCACAUGUUCUCAAACGCGAUCAUGUACAAUCUUAACCCCAGCCGCGGACCGGGCCCGGCCUUCAUGAAGGGUGGUACUGCAGCUGAUGGUGCCGAUGUGGUGGGAUACGAGGUCGACGAGGACGCUGUCGUCCGUUCUACAAGGAUGAUGUCCAUGGAGGUUGAGAAGAUCAUCGGCGAGCUCCGUAACGCAGAGAAGGAACGCACGGGUCAAGCGCCAUCCAAUUCCGGCAACACGAGGCCGGCGAGUGUCGCUACCGGCGAAGACACGCCGAUGGCGGAGGAUGAUGUUGACGAGCUGGCGGGUGAUGUCGAUAUGGGGUCGACGACGAGGAGAAGACGCGUGGGCACGAGGAACUAG